AUGCCGAGAAAACAAAAACCCUCGCGAGCAAAAUCUUCCUCAACGACACUCCAAUUAGCUCCUCCGCCAUGGCUUAAUUCUCUAUUUUCCCACUUUCGCUCCACUGGUCCUAUUCAUCUUCCCACUUCCUCAGACUCGUCUUCUUCAUCUCA